AUGUUUAACGAUCUGCCGCCGAUCGACAACAGGGAGAUGGUCGGUACAUUGAGAAAUUUCUCCCUCUAUUUCGGCACCACGUUAUUCGCCUUGGAGGCUGUCGGUGUGGUAAGUUUCACUCAUCUUUUAAUCUCAUUUUAUCUCUUUUUUCCCUUUAAAUUCCUUUCAUACUUUCAUAUUUCAGUUCUUGAAUUUCUUAAUCAUCACAAUUUCUUUUAUAUAUAUAUAUAUAUAUUUUUUUUUUAACUUGAUCACUCAACAUGUUCAAAAAUCCUUUUAAUUUUCUUUCUUCAAUUUCGUCGACAUCUGUUUCUUUUGGCAACUUUGGAUAAUAACUAGGUUGAGAAAGUAGGUAAUUGUUCUAAGUUGUAUUAAAACACAAACUUUCGCAAGAGAUUUAUGAUUUCUUCUUUAAAUUUGCAUUAAAUCCUACAAUUAUCCAUAAUUAUCUCUCAAUCCUUCAAGAUUCUUAUAAGACAAUAAAUUUAGAAAGAUCGUGAAGUUAGUCAAAAGAAGAUCUUUCGAAAAAGAUCGAGUCGGAUCAACUUAUCCGUAUUUGAAAUUUCUUGUCUUCCAAAGAUUUAG